AUGGAAACGUGCGUGCUCAUACCAGCGGAGUUCAGCCUGGUGCUCAGCACCGCGGAGGACUCAUCGAAGCAGGACAGCGACGAGGACGAAGCCGACACUCACCCGUACGACAUGAAAGUGCGGCUGUGGGCCAACCAAGUCAUUCCUGCCGGAAAGAUCUUCUCUCCCGCCGAAGGCUCGGUGCGCCUCGAUCGACUGGAAGUGUACAGCCUUCUGGGUGACAAUGACGUUCGCCACUCGCUGGGCUGCUACGACGAGAUCCGCGAGGUGGAGGACCGCCAGGUUCGCCACUGCAACUGGGUGCGUUUCGUGCGGGUCGCCAAGCGGCUGUCGCCUCGCGUCAACCUGGUGGCCGCUCGCACCUCGCCGCAGCAGAGGCAGGCGCCCGUGCUGUACCGCGUGCUGAGGCCCGUGCAGCCGAACACCGAACUGGUGGCCUACUUCGACGACUCCGCCGAACAGGUGCGCCGAAUCCUCACCACCUCGACGCCCAAGGCGGCCAUCGGACUGGAACGCCGCCUACUUCAGAGAACGCUGCAAGACUACCCGCUGGACCUGUCUCAGAGCCUGCUGUCGCCGUCAACGUCGACUUCGGCGUCAUCAGCGUCUUCGAGCUCGUGUCGCGCGUCGUCGUCGACGUCGUCGUCGUCUUCAGGCAUUCUACGAACGCCGGCCUCCGUCUCCUGUACGUCCACCUGCUCUUCUUCGUCACCGUCUACGUCGGAGGCGAAUAACGAGAACAUUCAGCCUAACCAGGCCCCGCGGAAAAGCAAGGAGAAGAAGAGGCGGCAAAAGUGCAUUCUCAGCUGCGAGUUCUGCACGAAGACCUUCGACCGGCCGUCUCUGCUCAGGCGACACAUGAGGACGCACACCGGCGAGAAACCCCAUGCGUGCGACGUGUGCGGCAAGGCGUUCAGCACCUCCAGCUCCCUGAACACGCACCGUCGCAUCCACUCGGGAGAAAAGCCGCACCAGUGUCCCGUCUGCGGAAAGCGGUUCACGGCAUCCUCGAAUCUCUACUACCAUCGCAUGACGCACUCAAAGGAGAAGCCUCACAAGUGUCCCGUGUGUGCCAAGUCAUUUCCGACGCCGGGCGACCUGAAGACGCACGCGUACGUGCACAGUGGGUCCUGGCCCUUCCGCUGCCACCUCUGCGACCGCGGAUUCAGCAAGCACACAAACCUCCGGAAUCACCUGUUCCUACACACCGGAGAUCGGCCGCACACCUGCGACGUCUGCCACAAGACAUUCGCCCUGGCCUGCAACCUGCGUGCGCACAUGAAGACGCAUCAAGAAGGUACACGCACUCCUCCCACAGCGUCUUUUCUCGUUGUUUGGCGCUGUCCCCACGUGCAGUGUCAGCGGUGCCGUGCCGAGUUCCCUGUGUCCAGCCGGCUGGUGGUCAAUGGUCUGUGCCAGCAGUGCACGCACCAGCCGACGCUCCUGCCUCCGCCACCGCUGACCAUGGCGCUUCAGCAGGACUUCUCCAUCCGAAGGCUCGUCAGCCCCUAG